AUGGCUGCCAGUGAUGGUCUACUGGGUGUCAGCUUUUAUUGGCACGAUACAAAGCGAAGUGCCAGGGUCUGCUGCCUCGAUUCCCCGAGCAGAAUCGGCCUCUGGAAUAAAAGCUUGCAAAAUGCCUUGUACGAUCACAUAGACAGAGCAAUGCUGGGCUGGAAGGAGGAAGUGCAGUGGAGAGGGGAGGGACCGCGCGCAGUGUUCCAUAGUGCAGCCGCGGCGCUCAGAACUUCUGCACAUGGAGCGGCGGGGGACAGCUGGAAGAGCUUCAUACUGCAAACUCAAGGAAUAGCAGAAUACCUGCACAGGAUGGAGACUGAGGAGGCCCAGGAAAUAUCCCAGAUAGCAGGAACAGACAGCCCUACUGCCAACGAGGGGGGAGAGGACCAAGAUGAGGCCAUGCCUGUCCCUGAAGACCUGUCAGCCAGCACUGGCCUCCAACACAACAACCGCACAGACAAACCACUGGCCUGCAAUAUAAAAGUUGAGGCUCGGAGUGACGAGGAGAACGGGCUUUCCUGUGAGAUGAAUGGAGAGGAGGAAUGUGCAGCUGAGGACUUGCGCAUAAUCGAUGACUCGGGGGCCAAAGUGAAUGGCUCCCACACAGGCUCUGACAGCAAGCCGGCCACCUACCCCAUGGCCGGAGGCAUCCGCCUCCCCAACGGGAAGCUGAAGUGCGAUAUCUGUGGGAUAGUUUGCAUUGGGCCCAAUGUGCUGAUGGUGCACAAGCGAAGUCACACUGGGGAGAGGCCAUUCCAGUGUAACCAGUGCGGUGCAUCCUUCACCCAGAAAGGCAACCUGCUCCGACACAUCAAACUCCACUCUGGCGAGAAACCCUUCAAAUGUCACCUGUGUAACUAUGCUUGCCGCCGUAGAGAUGCCCUAACCGGUCACCUGCGCACUCACUCAGUCGGAAAACCUCAUAAGUGCGCGUACUGUGGGCGCAGUUACAAGCAGCGGAGUUCGCUGGAGGAACACAAGGAGAGAUGUCACAACUACCUACAGUGCAUGGGCCUUCAGAACAGCAUUUAUACAGUGAAGGAAGAGAACAGCCAGAAUGAGCAGAGGGAAGACAUCCCUGCAUCUGAGAGAGCCUUGGUGCUAGACAGGAUAGCUAACAAUGUAGCUAAGCGUAAGAGCUCUAUGCCACAGAGGUUUGUGGGAGAGAAUCGUCUGUCAGAGCUCUCAUUUGAAAGUGGCACGGGGGAGCUUAUGCAGCCUCACGUGAUUGAUCAGGCCAUCAACAGCGCUAUUAGUUACCUGGGAGCUGAGUCAUUGCGGCCUCUGGUUCAGACCUCCCCUGGCUCCUCUGAUAUGGUGGUUAGCCCUAUCUACAAUCUCCACAAGACACAAUCAGUUGAAGGUAAUGGCGUGUCAGCUAAAGACAGUGCUGCGGAGCACCUCCUUCUGCUCUCCAAGUCCAAAUCAGCCUCAGUGGAGAAAGACGGCUCCCCCAGCCACAGUGGCCAGGACUCCACUGACACAGAGAGCAACAAUGAGGAGCGGGCAGCUGGAGGAGCCGGGGCAACUGCAGGUGGUCUCAUCUACCUGACCAAUCAUAUGGCUCCAGGUAUGCGGAACGGAGGUCUGUCUGUGGUGAAAGAGGAGCAGCAGCGGCAUUAUGAGGCGUUGCGGGCAGCAGGUAUCGAUCUGAGCAUGGCAGCAUCGGAGGGGUUUAAGGUGCUGAGCGGAGAAGAAGAGGUGAGGGCGUACCGCUGCAUUCAUUGCAGGGUUUUGUUCCUGGACCACGUUAUGUACACCAUCCACAUGGGUUGCCAUGGCUUCCGAGACCCCUUCGAGUGCAACUUGUGUGGUUAUCGCAGCCAGGACCGCUACGAGUUCUCUUCGCACAUCACACGUGGAGAGCAUCGCUUCUGAUUUAACACACAGGGACAUUGAGCAUACACAACACUCAUACAUGACUACACAUGUAUACACACACAUUAAGUAAACAAUUCAACUUGUCACACUUUCAAAUUUUAUAUCAACACUGAACGCAAGUUUGGAAUUUGUUUUUUAAAGUUUCAUGUUACAUUGGUUGAUUGGACAUAUGUACAUACAGUAUAUAUUUCACUGUCUUGUCUAUUUUUAUACUGUGGUGUGAGUUACCUGUGAGUUUGUAAACCAAAAUAAGACUUGUAACUGAAAAUAGAAAUUACACAUUUAAGACAUUCAUAACGUGUUUUAAGCUGCCCUGAAGUUACAAAGUAGUAGAAACAGUAAAACUAAUAAAAAUACAACAUAUACAAUUAUUAUACAGCACUGUGAUAUAUUUAUAAAGAAUUAUUUGCAACAGUAGUGACGUAAUCUGAUCCAUUUCUAUGUCUCUCAGUUCCCUGUGUUCAAACUGUUAUGAAAACCGUAUAUUGUUUUUGUCAUCAACUUAAUUUUAAUAUAUUUUUUAUAUUAUCUAAGCAGUCUCAACAAGUUCAUAACAUUUUAUAAUUUAUUCAAGUUAAAGUAUAUCGAGUUUUCCAUUUCCAUGCAUAUACAUGACACUCUUUUGAAAUGCUCCUAUACGUUAUGUAUGAUACUGAACCAAAUGUAUGACAACAAUGUUUGCAUUAUAAAUGAUAUGUUGUUAUUUCACAGCUUUUCUACUUGUUUUAUUUUUAUUUAACGGUAUACAGAUUGACAGCAUUUUACGUAUAUAUUAACAUCAACAUCCUAGAAUAUAUAU